AUGUCGGCACAGCCGCCACCAAGUGCACAACCAACAAGUGCGCAGGCUACAGAAGAGCCCGCCAUCUCUAGCCAAUGGCUUCUAGACAAGCUCAAGAAGAAGUCCCGUGAAGACAAAGAAGAUUACCUCCGUAUCCUCCGCUUCCACGUCAAAGAAAGCGCCGCAGAGAAUGCAUUGCAACAAGCACGAAAUACCACAAUAUCCGAAUUUGUACUACAGAAACUUCAGAGACUUGAAGGCCUGACCGUCCUGAAGAAGUCCAUUGACAAGAGCGUGAGACGUGUAGCUGAACAUCGUGAACGCGACGAAUUAGUCAUAGAACUCGCUCAGUCAGGGUUAGAGGCUAUGGAAGAAGGAGAAAAACGAAAGCGCGCGGUGGAGAAGCUCGAGUUUAAGAUGAAGAAGAGAAUGUUCGAGUCGUUGGUGGACGCUGCCAUGCAUGACGGCUUACAGAAGUUGACCGUUGCGGUCGAGGAAAUUGUACGGAAUCAUGUGCCGAAUGAGGCCGAUGCUCAUCAAUCGUAG